UAAUAAUAUAAAUGACUUGGCUGAAAAGAAUACUGAGGAUGAGGAAGGCAAAGGAGAUCCCUGAGCUCACUGACUUCUUGGUCAACAACCAAACCUUUAGGAAGAUAGCUGUUAAUAGUUCCCAGAGCAAGAAAAGCUUCUUCCAGAAGAUCGAUAAUUACCUUGAGAAAGAGUUAAUAAGGAAGGAUGUACCCAAGGAAAGAUGGAUUACUAAGGGUAAAAAGUAGCCAGCUUAAACGUAAUUCUUGGGCCUCUUAAAUAUUUCUACACCACUAGUAUCACUAAAGACUCAGGUAUAAAUUUAAGG